GUAGUAACGUCUGUUUCCAUUGCAGGUUGCACCUGCCAUGGCCCUCCUGAGGGGCCCAUAUAUCGGGUGAGAGGGGGGUUCUUGUACGAGUAGCACCUCCAAAUCUCCAAUUUUGCGGUCAUUGAGGAGUGUUGUCCGGAGGAGUACGCCUUCAGCUCCUCGCGGUGGACGCUCUCGAUAUGGUUCCAGAACUUGUUCGUGCGCUCCCGGACAUUCAUCCGGUCCCCCCAAGGCAACGAGGUAUCAGCGACACAGAAUGGGCACUGCUUUUCAUCCGGAAUGGAUUACUUCGCCCGCAUGGUGUCCGGGGGUGGGUCAGGCUUGACAUCUCGCCGCGGCGGCUGCUGUUUCUUGUGAUGACCCCGAUGCUGAACCUCCUUCCGACGCUGUAGCUUGAACCAGGCAAUGAUGCACACACACCGACGCGCGAACUGCUCAUGCUCUGUCAGUUGCUGAGUGCCAGCGCAUGUCAGUUUGACAAUCUGUCUCUGUUCCAGGAUCUGAAGGGGUGGCAGGGCCGGACACUCAUCCAGAGACUCGCCGGCCGUGCCAUUGCAGAGUCAGUGGUUAAAUCGCUCCGUAUCAGCAUGCUGGAAGUACCACCUCCUCUGCCAGUCUUUAAGCUUGGAGUGAAGGUGAACUUUGCCGCGGUUCAACCGGGAAACUGUCUUCAUCUUCUCCUUGUAAAGUGGAGUUUUGCCCCGCGCUGCUGGCACAGAACAGAAUCCCAUUGCCCUGAGCCUCUGAGUCAGCUCUUUACUUUGCUCAGUUAGUUCUUUGAUCUUUGAGUUAUCAGUGAUCUUUCUUUUCAGCUCAUUGGUAAGUUCCG